AAAAUUCAUAAAUUUAGGCUAAAAUAUAUUCUGUUAUAUGUCUUUGGCAGAAUAAAAAUCUCAGUAAGUGUAUAUCAAUUCGUUUUUCUGAAGGGUAUAGCAUCUACGGACGAUGGUACUGGAAUUUGCACAGCUAUGACGCUAUACCAGGGGUGGACUGACCAUUUGGAAACUCAGGCACUGCCCGAGGGCCCGGGAUGCCCCUGGUACCUUUUUCAUAGGCUUUUUUGAGUUUGGGCAAGGACACAGGGGCCCAAUGAUCCCCUAUUGCCCGGGGGGCCCCAUGAG